AUGGCGAACCUGCAACCUAUCACGCUUUACUCGCAUGGAAAUGCCCCUAAUCCGCUCAAGGUUGCCAUCAUUCUAAAGGAGCUUAACAUUCCUUACGAGAUCAAAGAUAUUGCCUUUGAUGAACUGAAGAAAGAUCCUUAUGAGGCUAUCAAUCCCAACGGCCGUCUUCCAUCAAUUCAAGACCCAAACGCCAACAUGACCGUUUGGGAGUCUGGAGCUAUUUUGGAAUACCUACUUGAGAAGUACGACCAUGAUUGUGCUCUCGGCUUCGCCCGCGGAUCGGCCGAGUAUUUUGAAGCAAAGCAAUGGCUCUUCUUCCAAGUUUCCGGUCAGGGCCCCUAUUUUGGCCAGGCGGUCUGGUUCACCUUGUUCCAUAUUGAGAAACUUCAAAGCGCAAAGGAACGAUAUGUGAAUGAGAUUCGUCGUGUGACAGGGGUUUUGGGGAGGGCGUUGAAGGACAAGCAAUACCUCGUUGGCGAUAAAUACAGCUAUGCGGAUAUCUUAUUCCUUCCUUGGUUUGAAAUUGUGCCUGAGCUGUUCAACGAGGAAGUCAAUUUGCAGAAGGAUUUCCCACUUGUAGCCCAGUGGCUCGAGAGAAUUAAGGGAAGGAAGACUGUUCGGGAAACCAUGGAGGAGUUUGCCGCCAAGGCUUAA